ACACCUAAUUCUUACUUAUAGACACUCCAAUUCUUACCGUCAUCCUCUCAUGCUCAAUGGGAGCUUCGUUGAUACUUUUGGAAUAUAGGACGAUGGUCGAUCCUUUCUGACGACACAAGGUUCUUGUUCCGCAGCUCACAGCAUCUCUUUGGAGACUAUCGCAAACGUCGUCUUUCUUCACCCAAUAUAUUGUGGCAACUAGGACUGUAUGAAACCAAUGGAGGGCCCUCGUCUUUCUCCCGAAAUCCGCAAGGGCGCUCUUCCGCGGCGUAUGGUCCAACCUAGCAUCGACGCAUUACGGCCCCACGUUCCCUCCAGAAUACAGAUGUACCUUAAGUUCGAGUGCCAACUGAUACUUUUAGAUUUCUGUGUAUCUGGCGGAGAUGGCUAACCAUUAUCCGCAAGCUCGCACGCUCCCUGGCUGGAUUUAUAGCAACUAGAGAUGGUCGCUGGGGUUCUUAUCACACGUUGUCUUUCCCUCUUCGACUACUCGCCCAUUUAGUCAUUUACCACCAUGAGCGAACUCACCGCCUGUCUCACUACUUCCGAGAACGGCUUCCUGGUUACUGGCAAUGAGGAGCUUCGCUACGAAUUUCAAUUCAUCGACGACAUCUUUCAUCCUAAGCAUGAACAUCUUGCGAUGAUAUAUAGACAGUGGAAUCGUGUUCUACUCGUCACGGAUAGCAACGUGGAUCGGCUCUACUCCAAGCAAUGGACCGCUUACUUCGCGUAUCAUAACAUCCUGCUGGAUACGUUCGUCAUGGAGGGCGGAGAGAAAAAUAAGACGAUGACCACUAUGUUGUCUAUUGUUGAUGCGAUGAACGCAUUUGGCGUCAAUCGAAAGGAGCCUGUCCUCAUUGUCGGCGGCGGAGUUUGUACCGACGUCGCAGGCUACGCGUGCGCUUCCUACCGUAGGGGCACGAACUUCAUUCGAGUUCCGACUACCUUGAUUGGUUUGAUAGAUGCUUCGGUAUCAAUAAAGGUCGGCGUCAACCAUGGUGUCCUGAAGAAUCGGUUGGGGGACUUUCAUGCGCCGUUAUCAACCUUCCUCGACUUCGACAUGCUCAAGACCUUGCCCGAGGCGCAUGUUCGUGACGGCCUUUCUGAAUUGAUGAAGAUAACUUCAUGCACUGACGUAUACUCGUGGAAGCUUCUCGUCGACCACGGUCCUGCUUUGAUCGACUCCCGCUUUGGUCGUACCGCCAAUUGCGAUCCGAAGCUCAAGAAGAUUGCAGAUGAUAUUACUUACCGGGCCAUCAAGGUUAUGCUUGCUCUCGAAACUUCCAAUCUUCACGAGAUCCGGCUUGACAGAGUCAUGGCGUACGGUCACAGCUUGUCUCCGACGUUGGAACUCACGCCUAUCGUACCUCUUCGCCACGGUCACGCUGUCAAUAUCGAUAUGGCGUAUUUCAUCACUUUUGCGUGGACCCGCGGUUAUCUCACCGAAGGCGAGCGAGAUGAACACCAUUAUCUUUCUCACAGUAUCGGAUUAUCCAUGGAUCACGAGCUCUUUACGUGCGAGAUGAUGUGGAAGGCCAUUGAAGAUAUCAAGCCAGUCCUUGCCCACGACUUCAAGAAUAGUCGCAACGGGAAGCAGCGCUUCGUUAUGCCGAAGCCAUACGGUUCAUGCAUAUUCGUCAACGACGUUGCUUACGAGGAGCUCUACGACGUCCUUGAGGUUCAUAAGGCUCUUGUCAAGGAGAAGUACGGCAGCGGUGAUGGCAUCGAGGCCGUCGUUGAUGAUAGUUCUCUUGGUAUCAACUCAUCCCUUUCCGCGAAGUAGGACACUGCAAGAAUACUCUAUGUCAGUUAACUCUAAAUGGCCAACAUCGAUGUCGAACUCUUUC